AAUGACUAAUAAAAAAGGAUAGUAAUUUAAAGUAAAUGGUGAAACAAAAAUUACAAAAAGUCUAUGGUAUUUAUGUAAAAUGAGGGAAGAAGAUUUAGAAAUAUCCAUCAAAGUUGUAGUAGUUGGAAAUGGAGCUGUUGGGAAGUCUAGCAUGAUUCAAAGAUAUUGUAAAGGCUAUUUUAGUAAAGAAUACAAGAAAACGAUUGGUGUUGAUUUUUUGGAAAAAAUGAUCAGUGUUAAUGGUGAAGAUGUUCGUUUAAUGUUAUGGGAUACUGCAGGACAAGAAGAGUUUGAUGCAAUAACCAAGGCUUAUUACAGAGGAGCACAAGCAUGUGUCUUAACUUUCUCCGUUGUUGAUUAUGCAUCAUAUGCUGCAAUUGUUCGCUGGAAAGAAAAGGUUGUAGUUGAGUGUGGUGCAAACAUCCCAAUGGUUUUGGUACAAAAUAAAAUGGAUUUGAUAGAAAGUGCAGUGGUGCGACAAGAAGAUGCAGAAAAUUUGGCAAAAAGUUUACGAGUAAAUUUAUAUUGCACUUCUGUUAAAGAAAAUGUUGGCGUAUCUGAUGUGUUUGAAUAUCUUGCAAAAUGUUAUAUUCAAAGUUUAUCAAGUACACAAGUUGAAGCUCUUCCACAGAUAGCUGCUCCAGCCCGCUCUUCUCCAAAUAAAUCGAAGUCUCAGAAUAUUGUUUUAAAGAAGCAAAAAAUAAAGAAAAAAACAAAGUUUUGUUUUAACUUUUAGAAUUGUUUUUAACAUUUCACGAUUUUUUUUUUUUUUUUUUAUUAAAUUUUUUUAUUGGUAUUAUCAAUACUUUUUUUAUCAAUACAAAAUUAGUCAAAUUAUUUGAAAUUUAUGUAUUUUUUUAAUUUAUGUGAGUUAUAUUAACUUUAGUUACUCUCUUGAGACAUUGGAGUGUAUUUUUCACGAGAUUUUUUGGUUAUGAUUUUAUACUAGGUUAUUUUUAUAUUGAAGGGUUAUAAUAUUAAUUUGUUACACAAAUUGUAUUUACUAUUAAAAUUUAGAAAUAAAAUGUUUUUAA